CUGAUCGUCAACUAAUCACCAGCGAUUCUUAAUAAUUUCUAAGCUGAAACCGCGUUAUUUGGUAUUUCCAGUAUUCAAGGCUGGUAAACGUACACAAGCUUGUUUUCAAGACGCGACUAUCUUAUAACCAACACGGGUCAUGAUAUAGUCAUUUUUUACAUUUUUAUUUUUAUCCAUAUAUUUUUAGCAGAAUAGUUUACAUUAAAAUGGAUGAUAUCAAACGUCUGUGCAGCUUGUUUAUUGUGUGCUUAGUGACACUGAACUGCUAUGCAGGCAGCGAGAAGGAGCUAUGUCAAACGCCCAGGAACAAGCAAGGUGAAUGCAGAGUCAUCAGCGCAUGUCCGCCUUUGCUGUCUAUACUGCAGAAGAGACCACUCAGAGCUCAGGAUGCAGAUUAUUUGAGGAGAUCUCAAUGCGGCUUCGAGGGAACCAUGCCCAAGGUUUGUUGUCCGUUGGAUGGUGCCAAUGAGCCUAUGUCUACGACUACAGCACGCACCGUUCCAGUCACAGAGGCUGAACCAGCUGACAGUUCCCUGUUGCCAUCUAUAGACGAAUGCGGAACAGACACUCAGGACAGGAUCUAUGGAGGGGAAGUGGCUGGCAUUGAUGAAUUCCCUUGGAUGGCAUUGAUAGAGUACGAGAAAGACAAUGGGGGACAUGGAUUUUACUGUGGAGGUGUUCUCAUAAAUAAAAGAUACGUUUUGACUGCAGCUCACUGUUUAAAAGGAAAAGAGCUACCGAAGACCUGGAAAUUAGUAGGGGUACGACUAGGAGAGUAUGACACCGACAACAAAAUAGACUGUGUCGGUCCUCCGGAUAGGCAAACUUGCGCACCGCCUCCGCAAGACAUUCCCGUAGAAGAAGGGAUCGCUCAUGAGCAAUACGACCCUUAUGACGCCAGUCAGUAUAAUGACAUCGCUUUGCUCAGGCUGGCCCGUGAAGUAAAUUAUACCGGUUUUGUGAAGCCAGUCUGUAUACCCAGAAGUAAAACGCUCCAGAGUAAAUCAUAUGCAACGAAAAAAUUAACGGUAGCCGGAUGGGGAAAAACAGAAACCAGCUCAGAAAGCAACAUAAAACUCAAAUUGAACGUUCCGGUAAAAAGCAGUACCGACUGCGUAAACACAUACCGACAAGCCAACGUGGUGCUGCGUCCAAGCCAAAUGUGCGCUGGGGGCGAACGAGGCAGGGACUCCUGCAGGGGCGACAGCGGCGGGCCCCUGAUGAGUUACGAACAAAAUGGAGCCGAUCAGAACUGGUACGCUGUUGGAGUGGUGUCGUUUGGACCGUCGCCGUGCGGCAUGGAGAACUGGCCAGGCGUGUACACCAGAGUAAGCAGUUACGUGCAGUGGAUAUUAGAAAAAAUGAGGAGGUGAUGAUUUCUGAUUGGAGUUUUUCGAAGACACAGUGAUAAACACCACCGCCAGCGUCAGGUUAAGCCGUUAGAUAGACAGAUAGUUCAUUGUAGGUAUUCGGAUCAUGGAUAAGAGAUAAGACUCGUCAGAUAUACUUCUGUAAGUACAUUAUCACCAAAAUUUGAAAAUAUAGUAUAAAUAAAUACAUUUGUAGAAAAAGUAGCGGUUAAAAUAGAAAGAAUCACAAUUAGUGGAAAAAAUACAAACGAGCAGACACAAAAAUAAACGGAACAAGGUGUUUAAGUAUUGAGUAAUAUAACAAUAGAAGCGAUAUAAAAGUUAGGCACGCGGGCUAAGCAGAUUGAAAGGAACUUCUCAAGAUGGAACAAUUGUAACCAAAGCCUAAGGUGGAAGUGCUAGCCAAGAUCUUGGCUGCCAACUCCACCAUGGACGCCCCCCAACUCCCAAAUGCCGUCGAUUCAAAGCGUUCCUUCCCAACUAACAAUUAUCACUCCUAUUAUAGUUGCAAGAAUGAUUAUACAGUAUUCCUUACACAGCAUUGUAUACUGUAAGAACAUUUGCAAAACCCUCUUAGAACAGCCAUACAAGUCGAAUGGGCACACCUAAUAGGACACUUCAGUCAUUUAAGAGGUUGUAUAAGGGCUGCAGGUAACAGUUAUACAACAAAAGUGUAAGCCUCUUGCAGCCGCUAUAGGACAUUUGCGUCAGUGCAAGAUUCAGUUUUUGUCAACUAUACAACUAUUCUGUUACGUGAUUCUACUUUAUUGCAACCAAACUAUAACAGCCUUUAACAGUUACUAAACAAUAGUUGUAUAAGUGCUUCCGUUGGGAGCAAUUUAUUGGCUAAAGUAGUAAAUUGGCACAGCAAAAGAACAAGGCUCGGGUUUGUUUUAUAAACGUUACCAUGGAUGCCACAACACAACCAUUUUGACUAACCUGCAAAUAUGCCGUAUAAAAUAGUUGUAUAAACGUUUAUGCAACAGCAAAAAAUUUGUCCUAUAAGGUGCUAUAAGAAUAUUUUAAACACCUCAUUUUAGAGCAAAUAUGUUGCAGAAAGCAAAUUUGCAUUCCACACAACAUUAAGCCAGCAUUUUGGUGUUCAGGCAACAACAAUAGAGAGCUUUUAUGGCUGAACGGUUCUUUUACCAAAAGCUUAUAGCACUACUUUGCUAGUUGGGUUACACUAUGCGGUAAGUAACAUUGAGGCAUAAGACCGUAAGAUGGUCAGGUCUUGAUUCCUGCCGUUGUAUUGAAGAGGUGUGCAGCAGAGCUUGCUUGAGUUCUUUCGCAUCUCUUCCAGAUAUCAAAAAAGGGAUCUAAGACAACUACAGGCCUAUAGCUCUGCUUUCUGCAAAUCGCUAGGAUUUCCGGCACCACCGAUCCACAAGGGACCUCCUAGCUUCACACAAUUGUGGAGUAAACUCGUCCAGUCAUAUCACGAGAAAAAGUUGGCCUGUUUGAUUAGGACUAAGAAGUACUUUUCUCCGCAUGAUCUCCUCACUCUAUAUGGACAAGGCGCAGAUAAGUCCUAGCGUCGAGUAUUGCUCGCACCAGCGGGACGUCGGCGAUCUACCUCUCUUCUACAAAGCAAAUAUCUGACUUGCCUUUUACGUUUGGUUUAUAGUAAAAAGAUUAUGUAAAUAAUAGAUUAUAAUUUGGCUAGUCUGAUUUCUGGGGUGGUGUGUAAAAUUCGCAUUGUGACAUUGUAGCAUAAUUUCUAUCCACGGAAAAAAUGUGGCUGUGACAGUAGAUACUUUACGUAAUAUAUUAUAAUAUAUAAUUA